AUGAAAGGCAAAGAAAAAUCAUCACGGGUUAAUAUUAAGUGCAUUCAAGAGAACAAACAGAGAAAGACACCACUUUAUGGUGCCGCUUUGGGCACCAAAGUGGUGAUAGAUCUUCACCCACAGCUAAGGAACUAUAAGAAAGUGGAGACUUGGUUCAGAGAUGAAUUCGGUAACGUGGAAGCUCAAGAAAGGUUAUCACGAGCUGUUCACUUGUUCAGCGUGGGAUUGAACGAUUACAAUGCGGUCAUUUCAAUAAACAUCAGUUCUAACUUUGUAGACAUGGUCAUUGGAAACAUAACAACAGUAAUCAAGGAAAUAUAUAAAAGUGGAGGUAGAAAGUUCGUUUUUCUUACCUUGUUGGACUUGAGGUUUCUGCCACAGUCACGACUGGCGAUAUCUAAAGGGAAAGGCAGAGACUUUGAAGAAGCUGCAUCUCUCCAAAAGCAGCAUAACAAGCACCUCCUCAAGGUGCUUGUUGAGCUAGAGAAGAAUAUGGACAGUUUCAAGUAUCUACUAUAUGAUUUCAACCAGAGUUUUCUAAUGAGAGUACGGAAUCCCACCCAUUAUGGUUUUAUAGAAGAGAGGGCAGCAUGUUGUGGAUUCGGGAAGUUCAGGGGAUCUUGCAUGUGUGGAUUAUUUUGGGACUCCGCUCAUCCAACUCAAAAGGUGGACAAGCAGAUGGCGCAUGAGAUGUGGAGAGGGAGAGCUUAUCAAAUUGGACCUUAUAGCGUGAAACAAUUAUUCCAUUUGGAUUAA